AUGCCUCUUGUCGCGCAGAACCCUCUGCCCCGGAUCAUCCUCGGGCUAAUGACCUUUGGCCCCAGCGAGGCCAAGGGCGCCCGUAUCACCUCCCUCGACGAGUACAAUCGCUGUCUGGACUACUUCCAGCAACAGGGAUUCAACGAGGAAGCCGGCGGGCAUAAGCCGGCUGUCGUGCGCGAGAAGCUCGAGCUGUCCCUGAAGGAACUUGGCGCCAAUCAGGUCGACAUUUUCUACCUGCACGCGCCAGAUCGCUCCGUUCCUUUCGCCGAAACUCUGGAGGCUGUCAACGAGCUUCAUAAGGAGGGCAAGUUCGUUCAGCUGGGUCUGAGCAACUAUACGGCCUUUGAGGUCGCGGAGAUCGUCACCCUCUGCAAUGAGCGCGGCUGGGUGCGCCCGACUAUCUUCCAGGCCAUGUAUAAUGCUAUUACUCGCAAUAUUGAAGUUGAGCUAGUCCACGCCUGCCGACGCUACGGCCUGGACAUUGUCAUUUAUAACCCUCUUGCCGGUGGUCUCUUCUCCGGGAAAUACAAGACCUCCGAGGUCCCCACAGAUGGCAGGUUCGGCAGCAACAGCUCCACUGGAAACGACUAUCGCAAUCGCUACUUCAAGGAUACCAACUUCGAGGCUCUGAGCAUCAUCGAGCCUGUCGUCAAGAAGCAUGGUCUUACCCUUGUGGAGACAGCUCUGCGCUGGGUCCGUCAUCACUCGAUGCUGAAAAUGGACAACGGCGGUCGAGAUGGUGUGCUGCUCGGUGUUAGUAGCUUUGGGCAGCUUGAGACUAAUCUCGAAGACCUGCAGAAGGGUCCGCUCCCCGAGGAGGUGGUGGACGUUCUUGACAAGGCUUGGUUGGUUUCCAAGCCGUAUGCCGCUAACUAUUGGCAUCUUGAUUUAAAGUACACUUAUGAUACUCAGGAAGCUCUGUUCAAGCCCAAAUCUAAGGCGCUGUCCCUGGACACUGGCGGUGGCAUGUCACGUGGAGCCCACCCGCCCGAAGCAGCCAAGGGCGGAGACAUGACGAAGGCGUCCAUUGCUCGGGGUAUCGUAUCGCUUCGAUCUGAUCUUCGUGUCUCCAAAGCGCCAAAUAGGCUCAUCCGGGAGCUCAACGUCACUGUGGCUUCGGAUAACAUCGAGCUUGGUGGAAACCGGCUACAAUCCAACGCGGACCCGGGACGCUGUUCCCACGAUUCAAACGACGACGACAUGGUUGUCAACCGCCCCCCGCUUCAUCGCCCAACAGAUGGCCGAUCCCAGCAGCCGCUACUAAAGGAUGAUCGUGAACCGAGAUUUUCGCGAUCUAGUUUCGGCAAUGGUGAUGCAGAGGGUCGGCCCAUGUUGCACCAUCACACCCGUCGACCAACCAUCCGGAGUAAAAGCCCGGAAUACGACGCCGCCCAAGCGACUCGCAAAAAGUACAUGAUUGCAUUGGGAUUUCUUCUCCUCAGCUUGGCAAGCUUCGUCGUUCAGACAGAAACCGCCGUAUACAUCCAGCAUGAUUUGCAUUGGGAUAAACCAUAUUGCAUGCUCUACAUCACUCACGGUUCCUGGGCGUUACUAUGGCCGGUCCAGCUCAUGAUCCUACGAAUCCAGAAACGUAAGAUGUCAUGGGAAGCAUUCUGGCGCCGCCAUGUCUUUCUUCUGAAGACCACCGCCCAGAUGGUAGAGAACCAGGAGGUCCACCUCUCCUCGCGCGCUUCCUACCGUUCGCCGAUCCCAUACAUGCUCAAAACUACUGCUUUCGUCACCACCGCCCUUACAAUUGCGGGAGGGUCAUGGUACGUCGCUGUCAACCUGACCACGGCCAGUGAUUUGACGGCCAUCUACAAUUGCUCGGCCUUCUUCGCCUAUGCCUUCUCCAUUCCUCUCCUCAAGGAGAAGCUGCGGUUUGACAAGGUCUUUGCGGUGGGUGUCGCCAUUGUCGGUGUUCUUGUAGUUGCUUACGGAGACCGACCGGAAAAGAAGGUCUCGAAAGGAGGAACAAUGAAGGAUGACCAGGAAGCUCAAAACCGGCUUCUGGGCAACCUGGUAAUUGGUAUCGGAAGCGUUUUGUACGGCCUCUACGAGGUGUUGUAUAAGCGCUUUGCUUGUCCCCCGGAGGGUACCAGCCCCGGCCGUGGCACUAUUUUUGCCAACACCUUUGGUAGUUUGAUCGGCUGCUUCACACUCUUGGUCCUAUGGAUCCCCUUGCCUUUCCUCCACUAUCUUGGCUGGGAGACCUUCCGAUUCCCCACUGGCGAAGCGGGAUGGAUGCUCCUCAUCUCGAUUACGGCUAAUGCCACAUUCUCCGGCUCAUUCCUGGUGCUCAUUUCCUUGACCUCACCUGUCCUCUCAUCUGUCGCCGCCCUCCUAACGAUUUUCCUCGUCGCCAUCGUUGAUUGGUUCCGCACCGGACAGCCACUGUCAUUUGCAGCCAUUAUUGGCGGCAUCUUGAUCAUGAUCGCCUUUUUCCUCUUGAGUUGGAGCACUUACAGAGAGAUGAACGAGGAGCGCAGAAAGCACCUCGAGAAUGACCAGGUAGAGUCAGACAGCGACGAAUAG